AUGAGCUCGGAGACUGAGCAAUCUACAGACCAGGAUGCUUACGACAUGUCAGACGCCCGCCUGGCUCUGACCCUGUGCAUCACCAAGAACCGAGCAGGAUCAGAGACUGACGUGAAGGCCCUGGAGCAGAUGUACAAGGACCUGGGCUUUAAGAGCACAGUGAAGAGGAACCUCCCAGCCAAGGGUUUCUGGGAGGAGCUGGAAAAGUUCAGAGAUGAAAUGGACCAGAUGAAAGACCCGGUGAGCUGCUGCUUUGUGGUGCUCAUGGCCCAUGGCGAGGAAGGCGUACUGCAAGGGAUCGAUGGCCACACCAUUAAGUUGGAGGAUCUCUUUUCUAUACUCACUAACAAGAACUGCCGGGCCCUACGGGGCAAGCCCAAGGUGUUCAUUGUACAAGCCUGCAGAGGAGAUCAGAAAGACGCUGGCGAGGUGGUUCAGCCAGCAGGGUCCGACGAGACUGUCGUCUUGGCUGAACAGCUUCCCAAGCUCCCAACCUACACAGACAUCCUGCAUGUCUACGCCACUGUGGAGGGAUACAUUGCCUACCGUCAUGAGGAGGAUGGUUCCUUUUUCAUCCAGACUAUAGUAGACGUAUUCACCAAUAUGAAAGGUCACAUCCUGGAUCUACUGACUGAGGUGACCCGACGUAUGGCUGACGCUGAGCUGAUGGAAGAAGGCAAGCCUAGGAAGGUGAACCCUGAGAUCCAGAGCACCCUCCGAAAGCUGCUGUAUCUGCAAUAG